GUUACAGCGACCCACGUGGAAACACGGACUCGAAGGAGGGCAAGAUGGGCUGUUGCAGUGGUAGAUGCACGCUGGCAUUUAUAUGUGGCAUGCAAUUGAUCAGCAUCCUGGAGCGACAGAUAUUUGAUUUCCUUGGAUACCAGUGGGCUCCGAUCCUCACAAACUUCAUCCAUAUCAUCACAGUGAUUCUAGGUCUCUUUGGGACAGUACAGUUCAGACCGCGAUAUGUGACCGGGUAUGCAGUCUGGUUGGUGCUGUGGGUCGCCUGGAAUGUCUUCAUCAUCUGUUUCUAUUUGGAAGUGGGUGACCUUUCAAAGGACACAGACCUGAUUAUGACCUUCAACAUCUCCAUGCAUCGCUCCUGGUGGAUGGAGAACGGCCCGGGGUGCAGGGUGACCCCAGUGACCCCUCCUCCCUCCUGGGCCCCGGAGGACCACCGCUACAUCAGCAUCGCCGGCUGUCUGCUGGAGUACCAGUAUGUGGAGGUGGCCCACAGUUCCUUGCAGAUUAUCCUGGCUCUUGCUGGGUUCAUCUAUGCCUGUUAUGUUGUGAAGCUCAUUUCAGAAGAGGAGGACAGCUUUGACUUUAUAGGAGGGUUUGAUUCGUACGGUUACCAAGGGCCACAGAAGACGUCACAUUUGCAACUACAACCAAUGUACAUGUCAAAGUAAAAGGAUAACUGCCUUAUCAGCCAAUCAAAACGAUGAACUGAUGUUUGAACUUGUCUUUCUACGUAAAUGUCUUAACAUGAUAGUGUCUUACGGACUGUCGGAGGAACACAGAACCGAUACUUUAACCUCAAAGACUCCAAGUGGAUUUUCUUUGUCUACGCCCAGCCCUUCCUCCUCCAGAGCGCUGCCGUCAGGCACGAGAGAGCCCUCGUGUGGAGAAACCCCUCAGCAGACUCUCAUCAUUGCGGCCAUUAGCAGUGCAAAACGGAGGAGCGGAUUGAGUCAAUGAUCUACAAUAAGAAAGACUUGGAAUCGUGCAAUGGACCGAGUGGAUAUAGUGUCAGUGUCUCCAACUGACUUUCACGGAAACCAUCCAUACUUAAAGAAUGUUCAUUAAAUAGUCAGUAUGAUAUUAGUUAUCUAGUCCUACAAUCUUUCAAAUGGUGACUUGAGUGGAGAGUCAUUAUUCCAGUUGUGUUUACAAAGGUUGAUUCCAAGCAUUGGAAUGACCGUCGGUGUUUAAUUGCAACCCAAGUAGUUUUUCUUCUUUCUCCUGGAUGUACUUGUCUUGAAAGUGCCAAGAACAGUUACGAAAAA